AUGACGUAUGUUUACCCAUAUCCUAUUCGCGUCGGUGGCUACACUCUAACCGUAGAACAAUUCGCCGAGCUCUACAAACGUAUCAAACCCGACUACACCAUUGUUCCCGAUGAAGACGUCUUCACUGGCGGUACACUUGGACUCGCUCUCGUCAAUUUCGGCUACAAAUUGAGGGAAGCCGACAUAGACGCACAGUCACUGGGUGUCUUCAUUGACCUACCCAUAUGCCGCGAGACGCUGAGAGUCAUGCUUGUGUCAUGGAUUUCAUGUCUUUUCCGGUCUGUACAUGAGUCAACACACGCCUACUCUCGGCCUUCUCGGCCUUGA